CCGUCGUUUCACAGUCUCCCUUGGUACGUUGGAAGCCUGCUCGUCUUGUGAAGCAAUUUGAUCUUUGUUUUUGCUCGUCUGGUGGAUUUGUUGGUGGUUUUUGAGAGUUCGGAGAACUUGCCUGCUUCUGCAACGCGAUCGCUAGAUUGUUCUAGCUUGUUUUCCUUAGUUUUUCUUCGUCUUUUAUUUCCCAUGACUCCAAUUUGACUCAACACAUCGCAUCCGACAGCCAACCUCACCUACACCCUCGCCAUUCACCUUCCGUUCCUCGUAUUGGAUCACCCAUUCAACCGACACGACUGGAACCAUCGUCCGUGAAUCCGUCUCAGUCAACAGCUACAAACACCUCUAUUCCCGCCUCAAAAAUGGAUCACGCCGCCGCCGACGAGGUGGCUCCGAGACAUGGCCCGGCGUCGUCGCCGACGGCCGGCUCUCCCGACAACAAAAAGCGCAAGGUACCCGGAGAAGCCCCGACGGAGCCAGCAGAUCCUCCGACCGGCAACCCUAUUUCCAAGCGGAAACGCAUGGAGGAGCGGCAUCAGAAGAUGCGCAAGCGCGGCCCGACGGCCUACUCGCGACGCGACGGGGAUGAACGCGCGCGGAGACCGGAGCGAGAUGAUCGUGACAACCGAUCCCCGUCCCCUCUCGCGCCCCGUCGGUCUCCCACCCCCGAAGAGCAGCCACGCCAGCGGAAGCGCCCCGGCGGUGGAUCGCGCAUGGGGCUGGUGGAUCGGGAGACGCUGCGUCGGCGACAGGAAGAGCGCGAGCGUGCCGAGGAGCAGGACGCCGUGCGUUAUUCGCAGCACCGCGGCGUGACGGAUAUCGUCCGUCAACAUUACAACGCGGUGCCCGAGCGAGGCCGCGAGUGGAGGAAGACAGAGAGUAAGAUCAAGGGCCUGCGCACCUUCAACAACUGGAUCAAGAGCACCCUGAUCCAGAAGUUCUCGCCAGACGAGGAGUUCGUGUCGCGGUCCAUCGGCACCAAGGACUGGGCAGACAGUUCGGCCCCGCCUCCCGUGGACGAUAAACGGCUGCUCGUGCUCGACCUGGGCUGCGGUAAGGGAGGCGACCUGGGCAAAUGGCAGCUGGCGCCGCAGACGGUAGACCUCUACGUCGGACUGGAUCCGGCGGACAUUUCCAUCGUGCAAGCCCGAGAACGCUACAACAGCAUGCGGUCCGGUCGCGGCCCGCGGGCGCCGCGCGGACGGCGUCCGCCGCUCUUCCACGGCGAGUUUCACGUCAAAGACUGCUUCGGCGACUGGUUGGGCGAUAUCGGCAUCAUCCAGCAGGUCGGGAUCGACCCGAACGCGGGCCCCGGUGGAUCUGUGAUGAGCUCGCGGUGGGGUGGCGGUGGCUUCGACGUCGUGGCGUCCAUGUUCGCCAUCCACUACGCCUUUGAGAGCGAGGAAAAGACGCGCCAGAUGCUGCGCAACGUCGCGGGGUGUCUGAAGAAGGGCGGACGGUUCCUGGGUGUCUGUCCCAACUCGGACGUCAUCAGCGCCCACGUCGCGGAGAUCCACGCCAAGCGCAAGGCUGGCGAGGCGGACGCAGACAAGGAGACGGCUGAGCCUGAAGACGGCGAGGUGAAGGAGGAGUUCAAGACCGAGUGGGGCAAUUCGAUCUACCGCGUUCGCUUCCCGGGCGAGACGCCCGAGGAUGGCAUCUUCCGCCCGCCGUUCGGGUGGAAGUACAGCUACUUUAUGCAAGAGGCUGUGGAGGAGAUUCCGGAAUAUGUGGUGCCUUGGGAGGCUUUCCGAGCACUCACGGAGGACUACAACCUAGAACUCCAAUACCGGAAACCAUUCCUCGACGUUUGGAAAGACGAGAAAGACGAUGCAGACCUAGGCCCAUUGAGUGAGCGGAUGGGUGUCCGCGAUCGGAACACGGGCGAAUUGCUGAUGACGCAGGAGGAACAAGACGCCGCCAGUUUCUAUCACGCGUUCUGCUUUUAUAAGGUGUGAGCUAUGGUUUCGGGUGGUUUUACAGCAGGAUGGUCGCUUUGGCUAUGAUAUUCGUAGGGUGGGGGUGUAAAUUAUGAUAGGAUGCAUAUUACUUAUAUUGGGC